UCAUAAUAACUCAAGCACAUUGCAAUGCAUAAAUUUCACUUGCUCUGCUUCUUCUUCUGCUUCUUUUUCUGCCAUUGCUGCUAUUGCUGCUCUUCCUGUCACUACAUAAAGUCAUGCUGCUGCUGCUUGCCUGUUUUGUGCAACUGUUGUGUUUAUGUUUUGCAUGCUACGACUUUGCUGUCUUCAUAGUUGUUGUAUAUGCUGCCGACGCUUCUGUUGUUGUUGCUGUUGCUGUUGGUGUUGCUGGAACGGAAAGAAUUCUGUGUGUGUGUGUGCCUCAACCUUCAAUUACAUAAGUGCAAAGUAAAAUAAAAGAAAAAAACUUAUUUUCAAUCAGAUUACGAUUCUGUUUCAGUGUUAAAAAAAAUAAUAAUAUUUGUGUGCAACGAUAAAUAAAUAAUAACAUUAUAUAAGCAGUUAACUUCCGGAAAACGGCGAAUUAAGAAAGGAGAAAAAGAGAUUUGCAGCUUUCGCAGCGAGCAGAUGUUACAAUUAAACGCGCAAGCCACACUGUGUGCCAAUAGCUGUAGCAACAACAAACACCUUAACAAAAUUUCCACCAGUUCUGUGUUCCUGACGCGCGCACGACGCACUCACAGCCAACGGCACGCCAACAAAGCAGGCGCCGCCGCCGCCAAAAUCAUAGCCAGAGUCAACGUGUCACAUAGCAGCUGAGGGUACGCCCCCGUGCGCCAAAACGCCUAGCAACAACAACAACACUGCCAUCGCCAACAGCGCCACCGCCACUGCCAACAAAAUGCCCAUUUGCAACAAGCCCGCGCAGGCGACAAAAAACGUCGCCGAGUUCGAUGACUACGCCUCAGAGGCUGCCAAAAUGAAGCGCACACGCGAGCAGGCCUACUUCAACUCGUACAAUUUCGACGCAAUCCAUCCGUACGACAAGGACGAUAUCGAAGCCAUGGAGGCGCAAGGUGUCCACAAAGUAGUCGGUGUUUCAGCUGCUGCUGUUGCAACACACGCAAGCGCAAUCACUGCCACAAAAGUGCCGCCCGUUGUUGGUGGCAGCAAUAGUCAGAAUCAACAACAACAACAAUUACAAAAGCCACACAAUACGCUUAAGACGAUUUAUCGCGGCGCCUCGUCCAUCGCCUCGUCGACGCCGAGCACACGCAGCAGCUUUCAACAUAGCAGCAGUAGCGGACGCAGCAGCGGUUGCGGCAGUCAACACAGCCUACGCAGCAGCAUUGCUGACGAUGUGGAUAAUAUUGAUGCCGUUGGCUAUAUGCGUCGCCCGCAACCUGCCGGCGAACUGACCUACACAUAUAUGCAACGCUUCGGUGUGCGUUUGGUGCGUUCGCGCAAUGCGUCGCCCUCGGCGGAUGUGGAGCGCACCAGCCCAGAGGGUGGCAGUGGAGGAGGUGCCAUCGCGCCAGCCGAAGAACUAGCGCCGGUGCAUGCGACGAAGGGUAGCGCAGCCGAGGUGUCGGAGAAUGGCAGUUUUCUGCUGCCACGCGCCAUGCUGAAGUACCAAAGUGUUGGCAAUGCGAAUUCAAUGCCAUUGGCAGUCAACAGCAGUGGACGCGCGGACAAAUUACUGCAAAAUGGCCAUAACCACCAACAGCUGAGCGGCAACAACGAAAGCGGCUAUAAUAAUAAUAAUAAUAACAGCAACAACAACAACAACAACAACAGUGCCAACUACAAUAAAUACAAUAAUAGCAACAACAGCAGCAGCAGUAAGACAGUGAUGAUGACCACCAAUGCCAUUAGCAACAAACACAGUAACAGCAACAACAAUAAUAGUAACAACCACAGCAACAGCAGUAAUAGUCUUUGCAGUAACAAAAGUAACGCUACUGCGAACAUAGCCAACACCAAGCCGAUAAAUAACAGCAAUAGCAAAAGCAACAACAACAACAACACCACCACCAAUAGCCAUAUAGCUACUAAAAACGGACUAAACUAUGCGAACAGCAAUGAUGGUUACGCCAGUUUACUAGUCGCCAGCGACGUUACUAGCACAGCGCCUUUCAGAGUGGUAACGGCCGCGAAGACGCCAACAGCUGCAACAGCAAAGGCUAAGCCGACAACAGCCGUGCCAAAAGCAACCGCCACGGCACCGGGUGCAGCCGUGCGCGUCAAGAAACAGUCUACCAGUUCAACAAUUACAACAACAACAACCUCGUCCAGUAUAAGCGCUGCCGAACACAACGAAACGACCACGCCGGCGACGACUGCGACGGCAGCAGUGGCGACGUCGACACGGGGCAACGGCAACGGCAAAGUCAGCCAAACGUCAAAAAGUGGCGAUACCAAGUCGGCACAGAGUGGUAGCGUCGAGCGUCGCGGACGCACCAGUUCACAUCAGUCGCACUAUUCGACGGACAAAAGCGGCUCGUCCGGUUACUACAGUUCGAACGUUUGCUCUACAUAUUCACUAGACGAGCAUAUCUACUGCGAACCGGUUAUAGAUAUCCUAGACGUGAGUCGCACGAAUACUGGUGCUAACGGGGGCGCUGGUAAGGCUAGUAAAAGUGCACGCUCCGAGUGUACGAAUACAAAAGCCAACGUCAAUAGUGGUGAUAAUAGCAAAAGUAAUCAAACAACAACAGAAAUGAGCAGUAAAGGUGGUGGCGCAACAAAACGUUGUUACGGACGACGCAACGCGACAGCGGUGGCAAGUCGCAAUGGCGAAAGUGGUAUUGCGGGUUGUAGUGAGCUGGACGGUGAGGAUGAUUGUGAUGGCGAUGCAGAGGAUGAGUCUGCGGCGGCCGUGGUGGCGCGGCGUGGCAACAGCAAGGCUGGACGCAAGAACCAAGCAGUCGCAGAGACCGCCUUCGGCGCGGAUAAAAUACCCGCUAGCUUACAGUUCUUAUUACAACGACAGACCUCCGAUGAGUAUGCCAACUCACAGCACUUCAGCGAGAAUCUGCGCAUACUUGAGACGAGCAUAGAGAAUCUCGAUCGUCAUUUAAAGAAUUUUCCAAGUCUGAGUUCCCACGAACACAUCGCUGCAUUUGUACAGGCACAUCAUCAUCACCAUCAUCAUCAUCUUGCGUACCUGCAAACGCCAACGUCCGUAGACACGGGCGAGAAGUUGGCUACGCGCGUGCCACCGCAUGUGACGCAACAUCAAUUGCCCACCAUUAUGGAAGGUUACGAUCCCGCCAAUCAACCACGUCGUUCAUGGCCCGAUGACAUGGUGGAUGAUUCGCUGCUCGACAUUGACCUCGACUCAUUUCUGCUAGUCAACGAACGUAAAGCCGGCGGUAUUGGCAAGACGACACGUAAGUUGUCGCUGCAUGCUGUUGGCGGCAUCGAUAAUCCCACUUUUCUCACCGAGGAGCAGGAAGAGGAGAAUAAUUAUAAGUGUGCGAAAUACAUCAAUUCCUGCCCGGAUGAUGCGUAUCAUGUCGAAAGUGAUAUAGUUGCUGGUACUGGCACCGUCUCGGAGAAGUCCGUCUCGGUGGCCGACCACUAUAUGAAACGUUACGAGGAUCAGCUGCACUUUCAGAGCACACGUGAACUGCUCGAAGAUGUGCGCGAUAAAAUACGUUUACUCUCGCAGGCGAGCGGCAACACCAGCCGCAGUGGUAGCGCCAAAACGCAUAGUCCUGAAAUGUCAUUGAGUGUGACCACACCCACCGAGCAAUUGCCGCGCGAAUUGGAGGGCAUGAUCAAGACGCUGAAAACCGAACUAGAAAACUAUUUAGAUCGCAUGAAUCAGCAUAGUGAAUUGGAGAUACGUCAACUGUGUAGCGGUCUUGUGCGCAAUCACAAUAUCGUCAAAAUGACGAAGGCCUUCGAACGUCGUCGCUCAACGCACAGUCUCGGUACAAUUGAAUCGGAUUACGGUUAUGUCGGUGGUAACUACGAAGCAAUUCGCGAUGGCGUGCCAUCAAGUAUACGCGAACAAAUCGUUUCCAUACGCUGCGCGAGUGAUCCGAAUUUCAAAAUGAAACGCAAAUCGCUUACCGAAGUCUUUCCCGUCGCCGAUUGUUAUGCAGAGUCGGAAAAGUUGCAAACGCCCACGACUCAGAUAGCACAACAGCAACUACGUCCUUCGUUACCACGUCGCGAUCGUGUGGAGCAACGACAACGCGAGCUGGAUCAAAACGUGAUCACUUUACAUGUGCCUACCACACAAUUGCAGCGUAAUUUGUCCUUCCAACAGCCGGUACUGAACAAAUUAGAUGCGAAGUCAUUGCAAACUCCGCCGACCGACGCCGAAAUCAGCGGUAAGGGUGGCAACGCGAAUGGCGCCGGUGCUGCGAACGGUAACGGUAACGGUAGUGGCGCUGAAUCCGGCGAAUCGGGUGAUAAGGACUCCAUUCUGGAAUGGCAUCGAAAGAAGCCGAGUAUUUGGGAAAUGUACUACGGCACGAAUCGCAUGAAUCAAUCGUUGCUGGGCAAGCGCAACGGCAUGGUCACAAACAACAACAAUCAGGUUCCGAUGUCCUAUCCAUCAUCACGUCCUGAGUCCGACUUCACUUUGGACCUGCCACGUGCCGAGCAGCUACGCAUCAAAAUGGAAAAGGAAAAGAAAUUCCGCCAAAGAUGUCGCUACAUCACAACAUUUCUGAGUCUGGUCUUCUUCUUGCUCACCGUUAUGGUGGUCAGUUUGGUGUUGACGCGCGGCAAGCGCAUGUUUGGCAGCAUGAUUUAAAGCAAAAGUGAAGAAAAAUAAGAAAUUACAGAAAAAUACAAAAUUUAGCUUAUUGUAAGAAAAGGAAUAGAAAUAGAGAGAGCUAAAUGGGAGACAAAAUAAAAAGCGCGAAGUAAGCGAAACUGAAAUAAAAUUCAAAAUUGCAUAGACUUCAGCAUAACAUUAUAUAAAAGCAGUUUGCAUAUGACAUUUGAGCAUUUUUUAUUAAUUUUUGUUUUCGAAAUUUUGUUUAUGCGAACUUUUAUUAGAUCUGGUGAUUAUGGUACAUGAGUUUCAUUAUUAUUAGUUAGCAUUUUUAUUUGAAAUUUUUAUUGAAACCAGUUUCGAUUUUGAGCUUGAUUUCAAAUUGUUUAUUAGAAAAAUAUUUUUAAUUAAUUUUGGUUUUGGAAUAGUGUUUUUUGUGUGUUUAAAAAAAAUCGUUCUAAAUAUGAAAAGCACGCUGAAAUUAUAUACGAAAGAGUCAAAGAACGCUGGAAAUUGUGAAAAAUAUGUGUUUUGUAAGUCUGUUAACCUUGUAAUAAUUAUGUAAAUAUUUGUAGCUUUCCUAUUUAAAUAUUUCUAUGCUUGACUUAAUUUAAUUUUUUUUUUUGCAUUCCUUGUUAUUUCAUAUUUUUUUUGACUUUUCUUUUGCUAUAUUCUUAAUAAUUUUUUUUUUAAUUUUUCUUUUGCUAUAUCCUUCAUAAAAAUUAUAUAUAAACACGAAAAUAUGUUUAAUACAAAUAAUUAAAAAUCGAGAAAUAUAUUUUUAGUUAAUUAUAUAUAAUGUAAGCAAUUUAAUGUAAUGUUAUGGAGUACAACGAAAGCUUAAAAAUAAUUAAAUAAAAAACAAAAACAUUAAAUAUAAAAUAUGAAAUAAUAAUAAAAUUAUGCUUAUGAAAAAUAUCGAAUAAGUUAAUUAUAUAGAAAACAUAAAAAAUAAAUAAAUAAUAAAAAAAAAAUAUUUGUUAUGUUUAAUGGGCAUUAACACAACGUCAGAAAAGAAAAUAUGCAUAUGUAUAUAAUUUUUUGCAAAAACAGUUAUACAUAUGUACAUAAAGCCGAAAUCCAGUUUAAUAAUAUAUGCAUACAUAUGUAUGUACAUAAAUGAAAAUCAACGAUUUUUGAAUUAAUGUUUUAAACUAAAAAAAAAAAUUAAAAAUAAAUGAAACAAAAUUAUUGCAAAUAUGCCAACGCAUGUAAAAAUCGUUUUUACAUGCAGCUAAAUCACAGAUAUUUUAAUUUAGUGAAAAAUAUAUUACGUAUAAUAUAAUAUAUAUAAGUAUGUACAUAUUAUACAAAUAUAUGUACAUAUAUUCAAUAGUUAUGUUUUAGCAUUAAAAACACACAUACAUACAUGCAUAUAUACCACAAAUAUGAAAUUAAUUAAAAAUUGAAAAUACAAAUCGAUCAAAAUGUUAACAAACAUACUUACAUGAAACCUCUAUAUAUGUUUGUAAAUAAAAUUUUAUGAAUUUUCGCUAUUUUCUUAAACGAAAUGCAUGUAUGGCAACAGUAUUGUUAAUAAAUUAUUCUCUAUGUGAUGCUAGUUGUUAGGCUGUACAAUAGUCGCAUUUUUGUUUGCCUUGUACGCUCUUAAGUAAACGUUUACACACGCGGUAUACAUAUGUAUGUGGUAAGCUCGUUUCAAUAAUAAAAUAUUUUUAAUAUAAUUCCCACAUGUACAUAAAUACAUAUACAUACAUGCAUAAAUAUAAAUAAAUAACAAUAUAUACAUACAUGUACAUAAAAACUAAUGAAUAUUCUUACGAAUAAUAUUGCUAUUAUAUACUAGUAAACAAGUGUAUAUGUACACACGUAUGUAUAUUAGUUGUCGUUCUUUUGGCAAGUCGCAAGAGACAUGCAAAUAUAUAAAUGUGCACGCAUUAUAAACAUUUAAUUUCCAUAUAUGUAUAAUAUUUAGUUAAAAAGUCUAGACCAUACAUAAUUAAACAAUAUAAAAUUUAAUAAUCUACAAUUAAA